UUUUCAUUCAACUCUUCUUUAUCCAUGGCCGAAGAAUCUCCCUCUUGUUUCUCACUUGAAACUGAUGAGGAAUCUGUGUCUGAUUCUUUCGUUUGCUGCGUUUGUUUGGAUCUACUAUACAAGCCCAUUGUGCUAGAGUGUGGUCACGCUUCCUGCUUCUGGUGUGUUCAUAAAUCCAUGGACAGUUUUCACGAAUCUCAUUGUCCGAUUUGUAGACAUCCGUAUCAUCACUUUCCUACUAUCUGUGAAAUGCUGCACUUUUUGCUUUUAAAGAUGUAUCCUUUGGCUUAUAGAAGAAGGGAGAAACAAAUUCUUGUGGAGGAAAAGAAGUCUGGGUAUUUCUCACCACAGCUUGAUUGCAAAGAGCUCAACGAAUCUUCAAAAAUGGCCAGUAAUGGUUCAAGUGCUGCUGAUGUUGAUAGAUCUUCUGAAACAAUUUUAAUGUCUGAUGUCCUUUGUCCAGCUUGCAAGCAACUUCUAUAUCGUCCAGUAGUUCUUAAUUGUGGCCAUGUAUAUUGUGAAGUUUGCAUCGAGGUUCCAGAAGAUGGAAACAUAGUAUGCAAGGUUUGCGAGUGUCCACAACCACGUGGCUGUCCAAAUGUUUGUUUGGAGUUCAAUAAUAUUAUAGAGGAGCGAUUUCCAAAAGAAUAUGCCACACGGAGGGGAAGUACUGAACAGAAACAAUCACAUUUUCAGCAAAAGAAUCCAUCCAAUUCUGCAAAAAGGGUCCCCUUCAUACCAUCUAGGCGCAGUGAAGAUUUCAUUCCGUGGUGGAAUGAGCAUGCUUCUAAGGUUCAUGUAGGAGUUGGUUGUGAUUGCUGCGGGAUGUAUCCCAUAGUAGGAGAUAGGUACAGAUGCCAAGAUUGUGUGGAGCAUAUAGGAUUUGACCUUUGUGGAGAUUGCUAUAAUUCACGGUCCAAACGACCAGGUAGAUUCAACCAGCAGCAUACUUCAGAUCACAGAUUUCAGCAUAUCAAACAGUCAAAUACUGUACAGAAUAUAAUGCUGCGCCUUGUUGGAGGACAUCUGGUAGAUGAUACUGGAGUUCCUAUUCUGGCCGUCACUACUCUUGAAGAUCAUCAAGACGGUUGGAUUGCUGUUGAGUCCGUCGCUCCAGAGAACACUCACGACAAUGUAGCUGGUGAUAUCAUCCCUUAUAACAGUGACGUGCAGGAAGAAUCUGGUGAGGUGGAGAUUGAUGGUCUGGACAUUGCUGUAAAUAAUUCGUCUUCUCCAUCCAAUCAUGAUCAUAUUGCUGUUCAAGAUGAUGAUGAUGAUGAUCCAACAUUCUAAGCUGUAUGAAAUCUGAAUUAUCUGAGGAGCCCUUGCAAGAUUUUUAUUCAAAUAUGUUCACCUUCACUCGAACUUUGAAUAAACACGGGCUCAAUCAUUCUGGAUUUGUGAUAUGGUUCACGUUUAAUCUAUUAGUUGCAUACUUUUCGAUCUUUAAAAAUGUGUAUAUUUUAAGAAGCGGAAAUUUGGUUACCGAUUAGUAUCCAUUGUACAAUUACUUGCACUAAUUGGAAUGAUUUGUACGAAUUGUCGCUUGAAGAAGGAUCCAUUUUUCAGUUAUUUACGUCGAUACUGAUUGAGAAUUUUCUUUUGCAAUGAAUGAAAUUUACGAUCCCUUGAAGGAAUCAUAUCCGUUUUGCUCUGUACUUGCGAGGAAUUAUUCUCUCUAUUUCUUUAAAUUUGUGCCGAACUACUCAAAAAACUCUUUGGAGAAUUGAAAUGAGGAAAACUUUCUGAGAUGAAGUAUAUAAUAAAUAUGCAAGAGAAGCCUCAAGUCUGCAAGAAAUACAUGUGGAAUA